AAACUGAAUCAACUAAACAGAAAAUAGUUGUUUUGAUUGUGUGUCGAAAAUAAUACGUUUUUUUGUUUUAGCGCCCUUUUACGUGUAAUCAUAUUAUAUUCAUAAAGAAAUAAAUAAAGAUAUUUCGUCUUCGAUUAUCCGGAAGAAAAAAGGCAUAAUAUUCUGAUGGCUGAGUUUAAAACACCAGUUAAAGUUAAACCAAAUACAACUCCUGACGAAAGUGACCAAAUAUCUAUUCCGCCUUCACCAUUUUUAAAUCGUCUGGGAUAUGGGACAGGUGUAUCCGUUAUGCAGCUCGUCAGAUCGCCUAAGGCGGGGCAAAUCCGCUCUCCUUGGGCUCUUAAAAUGCUCAACAAACGAGUUAAACCAAACAAAGUAUAUACAGAAAGGUUACAAGCAGAGGCGGAGCUGUUACAACGUAUGUCUCACCCCAAUAUCGUCGGGUUUCGAGCUUUUGGCACAAAUAAGAACUUGUAUUUAGGAAUGGAAGCUUGUGAUCUCUCACUGGGAGAUAUGAUUGAGAAGAAAGUUGAAAAUGACUGUGAGCCUUUUGCUCCUAAGUAUAUUUUAAAGGUAGCAGCAGAUAUUGGCAAUGCUCUGGACUACCUGCACACCAAGAUGCAGAUACUGCACGGGGAUAUCAAGUCAUACAACAUAUUAGUAAAUGGAGAUUUUGUAAUUUGCAAACUCUGUGACUUUGGUGUGACUCUACCACUUGAUGAGAAUGGUGUAUUAGAUAAGCAGAAAAAGAAAUAUGCUGUAUAUUUUGGUACAGAAGCAUGGAGUGCCCCCGAGGUGAUCCACGGAGGCACCAUCAGCAGUGCGACGGACAUUUGGCCGCUGGGGCUGGUGUUCUGGGAG